CAGCGGCAGCUGCCACUCAAAUCGGUGAGAAGAACAGAAAGCGAGGAAGAAGACGCGAGGAUGGCGAGCUGCGCUGGCGGCCAUGGAGAAGCCACGGAGGACUGCGGCGGCGGCGGCAACCAGUCGAGCCUGUACGAGGCGUACAACGAGCUUCACGGGCUGGCACAGGAGUUCGACACGCCGUUCGACGCCCCGGCGGUGCUGGUGGUGGGCCACCAGACCGACGGCAAGAGCGCCCUCGUGGAGGCCCUCAUGGGCUUCCAGUUCAACCACGUCGGCGGCGGGACCAAGACCCGCCGCCCCAUCACCCUCCACAUGAAGUUCGACCCCUCCUGCGAGGACCCGCUCUGCCGCCUCGUCUCCGACGCCGACCCCCCGGCUCUCUCCCAGCACCUCUCCCUCCACGAAAUUCAGGCUUACAUCGAAGCUGAGAACAUGAGGUUGGAGCGCGAACCUUGUCAGUUUUCCUCCAAGGAAAUCAUCAUCAAAGUGGAGUAUAAGUAUUGCCCAAAUCUGACGAUAAUAGAUACUCCAGGACUCAUUGCUCCUGCUCCAGGUCGGAAGAAUCGAGCAUUACAGGGGCAAGCUCGUGCAGUUGAGUCACUAGUGCGAGCCAAAAUGCAGCAUAAGGAGUUCAUUAUACUGUGCCUUGAAGACUGCAGUGACUGGAGCAAUGCUACCACACGGAGAGUGGUUAUGCAAAUUGAUCCCGAGCUUUCGAGAACAAUAAUUGUCUCAACCAAGCUGGACACAAAGAUACCACAGUUUGCGCGAUCUUCAGAUGUUGAAGUUUUCCUUUCACCACCAGCCUGUACACUUGAUGGCUUCAUCUUGGGUGACUCCCCAUUUUUCACCUCUGUCCCCUCUGGAAGAGUUGGCCCUGGACAUGAAUCAGUUUACAGAUCAAACGAUGAGUUCAAAAAGGCCGUAUCUUCAAGAGAGAGCGAAGAUGUCGUGUCUUUGGAGGAGAAGUUGGGGCGAUCUCUGUCCAAGCAAGAACAAAGUCGUAUAGGUGUGAGCAAACUGAGACUAUUCUUAGAAGAGUUGCUUCAGAAAAGGUACAUGGACAAUGUCCCAAUGAUAAUUCCACUUCUUGAAAAGGAGCAUUGCUCUGCAACAAGAAAGCUAAAUGAAAUCAAUCAGGAACUGAGCACAUUGGAUGAAGCAAAACUGAAAGAGAAGGGAAGAACUUUUCAUGAUCUCUUUUUGACCAAGCUGUCAUUGCUACUCAAAGGAACUGUGGUUGCACCUCCUGACAAAUUUGGUGAAACUCUACAGGAUGAAAGGACUAAUGGCGGGGUUUUUAUUGGUACUGAUGGUCUGCAGUUUCCACAAAAGUUUAUACCCAAUGCUGGAAUGCGUCUUUAUGGUGGCGCUCAAUAUCAUCGCGCAAUGGCUGAAUUCCGCUUUGUUGUUGGAGGAACAAAAUGUCCGCCAAUUACUCGCGAGGAAAUUGUCAAUGCAUGUGGGGUAGAAGAUAUCCAUGAUGGAACUAACUAUUCUAGGACUGCUUGUGUAAUAGCUGUUGCGAAGGCUCGCGAUACAUUUGAACCUUUUCUUCAUCAGUUAGGUGCCCGGCUAUUGCACAUUCUUAAGAGAUUGCUUCCUAUCUCUGUUUAUCUGCUUCAGAAAGAUGGCGAGUAUCUUAGUGGACAUGAGGUUUUUCUGAGGCGUGUUGCUGCUGCCUACAACAACUUUGCAGAGACCACUGAAAGAGCUUGUCGCGAGAAAUGUAUGGAGGAUUUAGUCAGCACCACACGCUACGUUACCUGGUCCCUUCAUAACAAGAAUCGUGCUGGGUUACGCCAAUUCCUGGACUCAUUUGGUGGAACAGAGCAGCCUGGUGCAGGCAAUUUUUCCCAGGAAACAACAUUAGGGUUAGUUUCGGAUGAGAAGCCAGAAAUAAAGCAUAGAUCAGAUGUCAAAUUGAGUCAUUUGGCUUCAGGAAAUGACUCAGGCACCUGUAUUCAGACAACAGAAACAAGGCUAGCUGACCUUCUAGAUAGUACUCUUUGGAACCGGAGGCUUGCUCCUUCUUCUGAAAGACUUGUAUAUGCUCUUGUGCAGCAGAUAUUCCAUGGCAUAAGAGAAUACUUUUUGGCUUCUGCAGAGCUGAAGUUUAACUGCUUUCUGCUGAUGCCCGUCAUAGACAAGCUUCCUGCACUGCUUCGCGAGGACCUAGAAUCUGCAUUUGAAGAUGAUAUAGAUAAUGUAUUUGAUAUGACCAACCUGCGGCACUCAUUGGGGCAAAGGAAGCAUGAUGUGGAGAUAGAGUUGAAAAGGAUCAAGAGGCUGAAAGAGAAAUUCAGGCGGAUACAUGAGCAGCUAAGUGCACGUCAGAUGAUUGCAAACCCAGCCUGAGCAUCCCUCUGGAAAAGUUCAGGAGCUAAUCAUUCGUGAGCUCGAGAUGAGGUAUACUCUCAGGGUACGUCCUGUACUGCAUAUUUGGCCAUCUUAAAAUGAAGCUUCAAAUAGAGAGAUCUUUUUUUUUAUUAUUUCAGUCACUAUUUUUAUUCAUUUGUGUGCUAGUUGACAUUUUGCUUAAGAAGAUCAGGGACUAUCUAUCUCUAGAUAUUCGUAGAACUUUCUAUCAGGCCAAGAUGAAAACCAAGCCGGAGCUCACUUGAGAAAAUGUAAAGAAUGGGCAUCGAUUUGCAACCUAUUGGUGUAUAAAGUGGUAGCUUCGCUUUUCCCUUCCC